AUGUCUUCCCAACCCGUCGUCGUCGAUGACGAGAAGAACUACGUCAAAGACCCUGCCGUGAAGAGCCAGCCCGACAGCUAUGAUGGUUCCCACGAUGAGGAGGUCGGCGUCGUCGGCAAGGGCCGGCCCCUUCAAAGGAAUCUCCAGAACCGACACAUGCAGAUGAUCGCUAUCGGCGGUGCGAUUGGUGCUGGUCUCUUCGUCGGAUCCGGUGGUGCUCUCCGAAGUGGUGGCCCGGCUGCUCUGAUCAUUGGCUAUAUGAUUGUUGGAGUCAUGUUGAUGUUCACAACCCAAGCCCUUGCUGAGAUGGCUGUCCUGUACCCCGUCAACGGUGCCUUCUACACCUACGUCUGCCGAUUCGUCGACCCUUCCUGGGGUUUCGCCAUGGGUUGGGACUACGCCAUCGCCUGGCUGACCGUCCUCCCCUUCGAACUCGUCGCCGCCAGUAUCACCAUCAAGUUCUGGCGUGACGACCUCAACAUGGGUAUCUGGGUCGCUGUCUUCCUCAUCGUCCUGGCCAUCAUCCAGAUCUUUGGCGUCCGAGGCUACGGCGAGGUCGAGUUCGUCCUCUCCCUCAUCAAGAUCGCCGCCUGCACGGGCUUCAUCAUCCUCGGCAUCAUCAUCAACUGCGGUGGCGUCGGCGACAAGGGAUACAUCGGUGCCAAGUACUGGCACGACCCGGGCGCUUUCCAGAACGGCUUCAACGGCUUCGCCGGCGUUUUCGUCGUUGCGGCCUUCGCCUUUGGCGGUACGGAGCUGGUCGGUCUCGCCGCCGCCGAGUCGGCUAACCCGCGCAAGGCCGUCCCCAUGGCUAGCAAGCAGGUCUUUUGGCGCAUUGCCUUCUUCUACAUUGUCAACCUCUUCAUUCUCGGCCUCAUCAUCCCGCCAGCCUCUCCCUUCGUUCUCGCGAUCCAGGACGCCGGCAUCAAGGUCCUACCCUCCAUCUUCAACGCCGUCAUCACCAUCUCCGUCAUCUCCGUCGCCAACAGCUGCACUUUCGGUUCCACCCGCACAAUGCAGGCCAUGGCCGAGGGCGGCAUGGCCCCGCGCUUCCUCGCCUACAUUGACAAGCACGGUCGUCCCAUCUGGUGCGUCCUGAUCCAGCUUGCCUUUGGUCUGCUCGCCUUCAUUGGUGAGUCUGCCGACAGCAGCACCGUCUUCUCCUGGCUCCUCGCCCUCUCCGGUCUCUCGUACUUCUUCGUCUGGGGCUCCAUUUGCCUGGCGCACAUCCGUAUGCGCAUGGCCUGGAAGCUGCAGGGCUACACCCUCGAGCAGAUCCCCUACAAAGUGCCCCUGGGCAUCUGGGGCAGCUCUAUCGGUUUGUUCCUGAACAUCAUCUGCCUCAUUGCCACCUUCUACAACGCUCUCUACCCCUCCCCCAACGCACAGCCCGACGCCGAGGCCUUCUUCACGGCUUACCUUGCCGCCCCCAUCGUCCUCUUCCUCUACAUCCUCUGGAAGCUCAUCUCUCGCGACUGGACCCUCUACGUGCCCCUCCGCGACAUCGACCUCAAGACGGGCGUCAUCCUGGCCGACCCCAGCACCGACGAGCCCGAGCCCGAGAAGACCUGGGCCAACCUCCCCACCCGCAUUGCUCGCGCCCUGUUCUAG